GGGCGGCUGGGGGCAGGGUUUCCUGAGGUCAUCCGUUCAUUCGUUAACUCUUCAUUCUCUCAUCACCCCUCUGCCUUGGGGCAAGUCCCCGCUUUCUCCUCCUUGUGGAGGGGGGAGGAGGGCGGAGAGGAAAAGAUAAAAGUACCUGCAAGUCAAGUAGGAGUGGGAGUGAAAUUAGCAUUUAAAUAGCAUUUGUUGAGCUCUUGGAUACUGCAUUAUCUCAUCCAAUUUUCACAACCCAUUUUACUGACCGCUAGCUAAGGCUGAGAACAGCCCAACUUACUGUGCCUUACCUGUAAGUUUUGGGGAGACUUUGAGGACGUGAAGGUUGACCUCCAGAAUAGUCAUCCUCUGUAAGGCAACCCCGCCCCCCCAAUACACCUGCCUGUCCUUCCCUCCCCAUAGCCAAACCAUCAACAGGUCCAAUUGGUUGUCUCCAAAAGAAAGACUGAAUUCAGCUGCUGCUCUCUCCAUCUCCUGGCUAAAAUCCCAGCUGGUCACAUCUUUCCUACCAAGUGAUCUGUUGGAAAUGUAAAAUUAUUCAUAAUAAAACAGACAGUUUCCAAAUAUGCUUAGCCUAGAAUGACCUUCACACCCUUGCACGCAGCAGUCCCUACCUGGAAGCUUCGGGUCUCCGCCCGGGACCCUUUCUCUGAAAGGCCUUCUCCUGCCGGUCACUCUAUUUAUAGCUUCUGUAUUACCGAACAUUAUCCUCUGUAUUCUUUCCUUGUUUAUUUCUGUCUGCAUCUCCAAAAUGUAACCUGAGUGAGGGCAGGGACUGUAUUCUUCUUGUUAACAGAUGAGUUCCAGCGCUUACAACAGGGAGCUUGAUGGGUAAGAAAGCGAGAAGCUCGUAAUUUUAAAUCAUUUACCCACACAGCAACUCCCUGUGGGGAUCCCAAAUGAAUCCCCAGGGAGAGGUGCACCGAGUUACAGCUCCCAAACCACAGGGUGAUCCUCCAGUUACAGAACAAAUUCUAAACUCCAAACACGGGGGGGACAGUACUUGCAACUCGCCCAGGAGGCCAGCAGGUGGCGCGCGGAGGCCGCCCACCGCCUUGCUUUGCAGCGCUGCCUGCGCUUCCCAGCUCGCCGGUCGAAAUCCACCCGGAAGUACUGCUGCGGACCCGGAUGGACAGAUUCCUGGUGAAGAGGGCUCUCGGGGGCCUUGUGGGAAAGAGGGAGCAGGAGCAGACAGGAGCAGGCCCAGCUGAGCUGGGAGAAGACGAGGAAAGCGCCAGGAAGAGGCCCAGGAGAGAAACGCCGGGGAGUGGUGCUGACUCGGCCGGCCUCAGCUGGCGACGCAUUCGAUCCGAGGGCCUGGACUGCGAUUACACAGUCCUGUUUGGCAAAGCCGAAGCGGACGAGAUUUUCCGAGAGCUGGAGCAAGAAGUGGAAUAUUUUACAGGUGCGCUGGCCAAGGUGCAGGUGUUUGGGAAGUGGCACAGCGUGCCAAGGAAGCAGGCGACGUACGGCGACGCUGGGCUGACCUACACGUUUUCAGGCCUCACUCUGUCUCCAAAACCCUGGAUCCCCGUUCUAGAGCGAGUCCGGGAUCGUGUUUCUUUGGUGACUGGGCAGACCUUCAACUUUGUGCUCGUUAACAGGUAUAAAGACGGCUGCGACCACAUUGGGGAACACCGAGAUGACGAAAGAGAACUGGCUCCUGGGAGCCCCAUCGCCUCCGUCUCCUUUGGGGCCUGCAGAGACUUCUUCUUCCGGCACAGACAUGCUCGAGGGAGAAGCCCCUCCCGGAGGCUGGAGGUGGUCAGGCUGCCGCUGGCCCAUGGGAGUCUACUGAUGAUGAACCACCCGACCAACUCUCACUGGUAUCACAGUCUCCCCGUCCGCAAGAACGUUCUGGCUCCGCGCGUCAAUCUGACCUUUCGUAGAAUUCUGCCUACUAGAAAGUAAAAAUAUUUUCCGGUUAGUACUUCUGUUUUCUGUUUCCUCUCGACUCAAGGAUGGAGCUGACAUUGCCUUUACCAACGGGAAAAGAAAAGGCUUAACGUUACAUAACCAUUCAGAAAGAGGAUGUUUCUGUCACAUCAGUACAUGAUGAAAUAGCCCUGGCUCAGUCGGUAGGAGCGUAGUUCCAUCCACUGACAGGUCCCAGGUUCGAUUCCUGGCCAGAGCACAUGCCGAGAUUGCAGUUUCGAUCCCGGCUCCAGCUGGGGGCAUGGUCAGGGCAAGUGCAGAAGGCAACCGAUCGAUGUUUCUCUCUCACAUCGAUGCUGCUCUCACUCUCCUUUCCCCUCUCUAAAAACCAGUGAAAAUGUCCUCCGGUGAGGAUUUAAAAAAAUAAAUUAUGAAAGAAUACCAGUUGAUUUUUUCCUGAAAAUGAUUCUUUUAUUGCUAUAAUACACAGCAGAUACAAAAGGUACCUUUAGCAAGUACAUAAAUCAGCAGUUAUUAUGGCAUAAACUACUACUUUAACUUAGGUUUUUCCAAAAAGAAGCUGUUUUGUAAAUAACUUAAAACUAGAAAUAAGAUUAUUUGGCCGCUACUUAAUGCCUGAUAAUUUACAAAAUGAGGAAGUCAGCUUCAAGUCGACUUAAGAGACUCUGCACAGCAUCAUUUUACAACCUUGGCUCCCACCCAGGCCUCUGACCAACAACCUGCUUACAAUGUGCUCAAAGGAUCAGCCCUUCCGUGCCCGGCAUCUCUCUUAAUGGCAGGUUUCAAAGAGGAGCCGUGGCAGAGCAGCAGUUACUCAAAGCUACAGGUGUGCAGUGCAGUUUAAGGUCACACGAUUGGGUAUCUGUUCCACCAGCCUCGGGGAACACAGGUAGGUCCGCUUGUUUCAACAUCAAAGCCAGGGUCUGCCACGGAAUCAGGAGGGAGCAGCAGUGAAUGGAUGGACCCAACGCUUCCAGCUGCUCCCUUCACCCCGCCGGCCAUGACCUGGAGAACCUUCACAGUAUGUUCUAUCCGUGAUGAGAGUCUGCGUCCUCAGAAUGCGAGCUGGGCCUGGUGGGAGCGUGGCCUCUUGAGCUUUUAGCUGACACCAGGCAUCGUCUAGAAAUGUCUGCCUGCUCGCCCCCACCAGAGGAAGGGCAGGUCCUAGACUUACCUCAGGUGGCCUUGUGGGUAGGUCUGAUUCCAAAUCAUCUCUCUGAAGAGUCCAUACGAAUUUGGUAUCCUUUUUCUUUUUUGUUAAUACAAAAAAAAAUCUAGCUAAAAACACAGAUACUCCCGUGUCAUCAAAAUGCCUUCGGCCCUGGUCUGUGUUCGUGAGACUCACCUGAAGAGGGAAGAGAAUGCUCACCGCAGUCUCUCUGUAUGAGGCUGCUGGGAACAAAUACAUUUAGGAUAUGGACCUAUAACAGAAUGACAAUACUAGGUGUCAGCUGUAGCUGUGUUUAAAAAAUAACUUGGACAUCUUUUUGUGGAAAAGCCUGGCCUUGGAUGGUCACUGAAUCUAACCCUUCACUUUAUGAUGCGGAAACAGGUCCAUGGAGACUGCAGCCCCGGGGUCAGUGCCUUUCCUUCCGGAUCAGGCUCUCAGAUCCAGGCAGGGCUGUCUUCUUACGCAGCCCCGGCCCCACCUGUAAGUCUUAUGAGCUCCGCACGAGCAAUAAAUAAAUGGGUGAGAAUAACUGUCCAACUAGGUCUCUAUGUGAGAAAGGGUCUUCUACAGAGCAGAGGGGUCGCAGGUGAGCCGAUGCCGCUCAGUUCUGGCUGUUGAGGUGGGUGUAUAACCCACCCAGUCCCAUACUGAAGGUAGAAGCAACAAGUGAGCCAGCCGGUCACUAGCACCGACGCGGUCGUGAACGGGUUCCCCGAGGGGCAGAUUUGGCAGAUGAGCUUUCACUGGAUAUAAAGGGUCGGAAGGCUAGAAAAAGAUGUACAAAAAGGAAAGGCAGGUGUUCUGUAGGCAUCCGUCACCUGUCCUUCAGCCAGCCACUGAGAAACCUGGAAGAGAGCUUUUCAAAAAGUGUUGCUGCGGCUCUUAGAGCAAGUGCGUUUUCCAGAAUGGACAUGCUACAAAAGCAACCGGAAGUGAAAGGCACUUUUUCUUCUAAAUUGUUGCCUUCAAUAAUUUCACUAACUCUUGUCAACAAUUUUCAGAUGGGCCUGCUUAUUAAAAAUAAAAGAUCUGUGCUGAGACAUCCGAGGACGUGACAAAGGUAACGCCCCUCGGAGAACACCUAGCAUAUCAGAAUAUAAAAACGAUGCCUCCCGGAGUCUGAUGUCUUUUAAUCACCUGUAUGAGGUGAGCAAAAAGGUGCUCUAGACAUACGAGUGCUCUGCUAACACAACGAGGACACCUUGCAGGGCGCGCUAGCGAGCGGCUCCGGGCGGUUUGGUUUGCGUUGGGGCCACCUGCUCCCCGGGGGAACCUGCUCUCAGAACACACCAGGAGGCGGGGACUCUCGUGGGGCUGCCUGCACACCCGCGGCCUGGCUUCGUCUUCUUCCUGACGGCGUGGACAGCGCCAUCAGGUCUCGCUCUGGGGCCGGCACAGUCACUCUUCAGACUUGUACUCCCGGCUCUUGGAAAGCACGCGCUCGUAGAACAGCAGGUAGGCGCUGGAGGACAGGACCUCCUGCAGGCUGGCCUUGCGGACGGUGUCGUCGGAGAUCCACAGCCACUGGUUGCUGGUUGAGAGAGGGUUCUUGGCCGAAGGUGGGGACCGUCGGUAAGUCACGAAGUGUCCGGAGUGCAUGUCUCCAUGGUGGACGACAACCGCCAUCAGCCGGAAGAGGUACGUGGAGGAGCUGACGGGUAGGAACAAAUGCCAGUGGUUUACAAAAGCAAAAAGUAAAACAAUCCUAGAUAUUCAACGACAGGGGGCUGCUACAAUGGUACAUCCGUACAAGUGAAUGCUACACAGCCAUUAAAAUACAGACCUAUAUUUACUGGUACGAUGCCCAUUCUAUGAGUGUCUGUAUAAGUGCGCGCACACACAUUACAGAGUGGAAGACAUUAAGGAUUUAACUGGCGAUCUAGGUGGUAUCCCAAGAUAUUAAAAAUUUUCUGCUUUAUACUCUUUCUACAUACAUUCAUACAUGUAUGCACACAUACACAUAACAUAUAUUUAACUUUUAUAAUUCUUAUAUUUAUAGUGACUUCCAUUUUGGACAGACAGAAACAGGAAUGCAUAAUAAUGAAGUUCCACCUAUAAAUGAAAGACAGCCAUCUCCACACUCAUUCACUUCGUGAAGAGCUAAUUUUUGAAACCCAGAGAAACAGCAGCCUCCACGGAAUGAAGGCUGCCUCUGAAGAGUGGCUCACCUGUAGUCCGGAACCACCGGGAGGGGGAAGGGCAUUGGGGCUGGCAGGGUGGGCAACAAAGAUGGGGAGCAGGCACCAUUCAUAAAAAUUUGGGUUUUGGGGACCCCUGGCUGAUUCAGAACUGCAAGAGAAAAAGGCCCGAGGCAGUUAAAAUUAGCAACGGGUGUGGGUAAGCAAAACAUGGUUUUGAUUACUGAUUACGCUGAAAUGUAACUACCCAAUAAUGCUACAAAGAAAAUAUAAAUAUUUCUUUUUGUUACUGUAAA